AAUCAAACAAAAUGGCCGAUGUUCUAUAAAAAUAGUUUUAUGAGAAUAUUGCGAGUUUUAUGGCAAAUAUAAUACAUAUUGUUUUUAAAUAAUGUCUAAAAGAGAUCCGUCAGAUCGACAUGGACAUGACCGAAAGUUGGAUCAGAGUGACUAUGAAAACUUGAUAUCACAACAUAAUUUAUUCGAGGCUUCACGAUCAAAACACCAAGAACUACCAAGUUUUCCAGGAUUUUCCAAUGCUGAAACGCAAACGAAAAACAGUGAUAUAAAAGAACAGGCAGUGCAUUCUGGUCUGGGGCCCUGGCAUUACAACCCCUGGUGGGUGCUCGCUGGGGCCGCCGGCACAAGCACCGCAAGGGCCCUGCCGUCCCAAGACGGCUAUUCAGAACACAGUGAACAAACUAAAGUGAAACAAGAGCCACCUGGUCCUGGGACUCCAGACAGGGACCCGCUACAAUCGGACUUGGAACAGUUUCAAGCAGAAACAGUUACACCUCCAGUUGGAUUGGAUUCUUUUUGUGAUGACUGUUCAGACCCAUUUUGUGACUCAAGUUCAGCAAUAUGUCGCAAAUUAUUCCACUGUCCCCACUGCCGUAAGAGCUAUCCAACAAUUUUAGAAUUUAACACGCAUUUGACAGGAGUUCAUCCAGCACAAAAGCCUUUUCGAUGUCAAAUAUGUUUGGAACCUUUUUAUAAAAAAUCACAGCUACGAAGACAUCUGGAUGCUAAUCAUACACGAAAAGAUGUGAACAAAUGCUCAGUGUGCUCCAAAUAUAUUAAGGAUAAGAGCAAUUUACGUAAACACAUGCAAGUACACACAGGUCGUGUACCUCAGAAACAAUUCAAGUGUGAUCUGUGCAACAACAAGCGCUACAUGUCAUUAGACAGACUUAACAAUCAUAAAGUGGUGUGCACAGGAGAGAAAGUUCUCAAGUACUGUGACAUGUGCACUAAAGUUUUUGAUAAUUCAAGAUCACUCAAUAGCCACAAAAAAGUACAUGCUAGGGAAUUGAAGUGUGACAACUGUGGAGAACAAUUACGCUCAUUAGAGCAAUUUACAAAUCAUAAGAUGAUUUGUCAAGGAGCUACAUCAGAAGCAAGUGCCAGCCAUGGUCAAGCUAGUUCAGGGCACGCUGGUAUGCCAACCAUGGGGCGCUGCUGCACUCAGCCUGGAAUAUGUGAACAUGACAAGCCCGCCUACCUGAACAUACCUGGAUAUGCGGCUGGUAGAGUGCUGGAUGCCACUCUUUCCUCUUUGAAAUCAGAGCUAAACUGAUGACAGAUGCCGCACUGGCUUACAAAGUAACUAAUUAAUUCAUAUUAAAUUAAACAGUUUCUUUUUUUACAAGAUUACCAAAUAGAUAAAUAAAUGACAGUAAUAAUUUUCACAAUAUUGAGAAUUUCACAAGACUGAUGCAAAUAUCCCGCCUCACGACUUGCUUUAUUAUUACCAUUUAAAUUUAGGCUUUAGUUAGUAGGUAAAUAAGAGUAAGUUACAUAUAGCCAUUUAGACAUGUUCUCAUAUAUUAGGAAGGGAGUGGGUAAUAUAUUUGAAUAUGCUUAAAUUGUUAUAACCACCUUUAAGUUUUAAUUAAAAUAAACCAUAGCUGUUGAUUGACAGUAAAAUAGAACCAGAUCAUACAUGCAACAAUUUAUUGUACGUUUAUCAGAUAUAUUUUUUUAUAAUUUGAUAUCUUUUCUAUAACAAUGCUUUUGACUGAUUUAGAGUAAAGGUGAAUGUGCAGUAUUACAAACAAAAACAAUUUUUAUUUUUCUAUUUUGGAGAAGUUAUAGAGUAUGUUAUUUUUAUAAUUUUAGAACAUAAUAUUUUAGUUUUAUGUACCUAAGUUGUAUGCUGUAUCGGUCAGUGGAGGUGUAUGAGGAGCGUAUUAUAUUUUCUGGGGCUCUGAUGUACAUUUUUCCAAAGACAAUUUAUAAUGUAGAUGUGUGUAGUUUCGUAUGCAUGUAAUAUAUAUGUGUAUUUCGAAUAUUUUCUAAAGACAUCUUUUAUACACAUCGCUGUAGAACAUUAAGUUUGAUAAUGUUACACCUGUAGGGUAAGUUAAACUUGGUGAAGUGCAAUGUAUCGUUGGCGAAGCCUUGUGCAUGUUAUGGUUAUUGGAAUUAUGUAUUUGUUGUGUUCUCCCUACCCAUAAUAUUUAUUCUUGAAGUGUUAUACACUGAAAAAUUAUUGCUGCAAUUUAUAGAAUUAUAUUAUAAUGUUUUUAAAUAUAUAAACACAAUAUGUGUACACACACCUAAUUAUAAGAUUCGAGGCUAUAAUAUCUAAAUCUAGUAAGCCUUUAUUAUGCUAAUAUUACGUCAUAAGAGUUUAUUACUAUACUCUCAAAUUUUAUCUUAUAUACUUAUAUUUUUUUAAAUCUUAAUAUUUCUAAUUUUAUUUAUUUUGUUCAUGUUAUGUGGAAAGAUGAGUACUUCAAUCUGGAGGCUUUUUAUUCAUUAUCCGUUGUUGCUAUUUUUUUUAUUUACAUUUGUUUUUAAUACUAAUAGCUUAGUUUAUUUUAAUAUCUUUAUCACUUAGUUACAUAGUUUAUAUUUUGAAGAAUUUUAAUAAAUAAGUUUGUAAGUUCCAUACAGGAAUCUUGCUUAUACAAGCCACCGAGAGAAAAUAUUGGGUUUAUUAUACCAAAUUCGUUUUAUAAAGUUAAUAAUACAUAAUAUUAUAAUUUAGUUACUUAAUUAUCGGAUGAUUUUACGGCGUCUUGGUUGAAUAAUGUCUAGGUUAACAUUUAUGUUUAAUUUUUAUUGGUCUUUGGUAAUCGCAAUGCGUCUUGAGAAGUAAGUGAAUACAAAAUGAAAGCAGUAAAUUCACUUGAUUGUCAUGCAUACUUUUUAUCCAUACUACUAAGCGGAUAGUUAGAUGGCGGUAGUUAAAAGAUUUUUAAAAAGUUCUCUGUAACCGUGAUGGUAAUAUUAUUGUGCUAUUUUUUAUCGGUACAUUCCUAAGAGGUGGGAAACAAGUAAUAACUAAAAGCACUAACAGACGAUCGAAAUCGAACCGUACCGUCAAUUUUGUUCGGCGGUCCGGUGGACUCCACUGAAAAUGUGCGAGGGACCACUACACACACUGUCAAGUGACGGUUCGGUUCGACCGUUUAUUUGUGCUUUUGCUUGUAUUACUUUAUAUAAAAAAAUCGGAUCACCUUACUUCUCAAGAAGCUCCAUAAAUAUCCAUUGUAAGUUGGUUUGUUUCACAGUUACGAGUCGGUGUACAUGACCGAAAAUGUGUUCUUUAAUUCAGUAAUGUAAAUUUAAAUGUAAGUAUUUUGAGCUGUACUGUUUAUCUCGCGCUACUUAACGAUUUCUCUAUCAACACAAAAUUGUAUAAUCAUCAACACUUAAUGUAAACUUUUAGAGCGUGCUCGAUUAGUUUAAGUUACGACCGGGGCUUAUAAUCGAACUCAUGAGAAACUUGCUCGGCGACUGAAGUUGCAAAACCAACUGAAUUUACUGGUCAUAGCUUACAACUAGUCAAAUGAGCAGUUAAUAUCAUUCAAAAAGUUCUAAUAAUAGUACUUAAACUGUCAAACACCAAGCGGUCACCGGUCACCGCAACCUAUUGUUCUAUAAUUGUGUCUACAAAACCGGUACUCGACGAGUUAAUUUAAAAAAGUAAAUAACGCCGAUCUUUUCUACAUUUUUAAACAGAACAGCUCCAAAUAACUAAUUUGCUAAUUGCCACAAAGUUGUCAAGCGUCUUCUUAUUGGCACUAACAUUAUCUGUAAGAAAUUUAAUCUAAAGAAUAUAUUUUAUUAUGAAAUAUUCAUAAGUUUAGUGUAGAGACGUCUUUAACAUCAGGUACUGAACUUAAAUAUUGAGGGCGCGCGGAAAAUGACAAUAAUAUAUUGUGUAAUCUAUCACAGAAACAUUCAUGGUCACUUUAUAUCGCCGCUUCGUCCUCAUUAUCGCUUGAAUUUCACGAACUUCUGCUAGAGCUGCGUGUACUUACAAUUCGGUAGGCAUCACUUUACUAUGAACCUAUUCCACUUUACUGAUGGCACAGAAUUAGGAUAUUGAGACCACACCAUUAUUUCUUAACAACAUAUACACUGAAUCAUGUUUGUUAGAUGUUUAAAAAUAGACGUCACGUUUUAACAGUACCUGUAAUGCUAUGGAGAAACAAUUAUUGAGCAAAGCUUACAUUGGACAGUAAUGUUAAAAGUCUUCAUGGAUUUGUUGUAAUGUUAAUGUUUGAGUUUAUAUUGCAUCAGAUAAUACACCUCAAAAUUUUUGUAUCUGUGCAUGUUUAGAGAUGUAACAAAAUUAUACUACAUUUAUAAUGUAAUCACUUUAUACAUAAUUAUGAAAGUUAUUACUUAUUAGUGUAUAUCAUUAUUACGAGUAUAGCCUAGACACCCGUUUGUAAACCAAAAUUAUCAUCUAACCACCGACAUUGUGACUGAUUCUGCCAUUUGUUUGGAUUGAUAUUAUACAGAAAAUAUAUACCAUUAGGUACCUAAAUAUUUGUCUUUGUAGUUUUUUAGCAUGGUGUGUAACUUUUAAUGCACCUAGACUUAAGAAAAAAAGAUGUGUUCAUAUGAAUUUAGUUAGGUACAUAGAUAUAGUUCAUCUAUUUGAUUAAUGAUUAGUAACGUAGACUGUAAAACAGUGUAAUGUGAAACUAUUCGAACGCAUUGUUUUCCGACUAUACCUUCCAUUGCAUACCUUGUCUAAGCCAAAAUCAUUUUUACUGUAAGACAUGUUGUCGUAUGGCACUUGUGGAAACCGAUGCUGCCUUCGUUACAUGCCCCGUUUAUUUAUUAUGUACCUACCCUGUAGAACUUAGUUAUUCAACGCAAGUUAAAAAUAGCGUACCUAACGUUACUGAAUACCACGAAUAAAUGACAUUUCCUUUCUGUUAAAAUAUUUUAUUAUUUCUUAGAUUUCCCCUUCCUUACGAAUAUAACACGGGACUCAACUUGUGAAAGGAGGUUACCUAUUUCAUUGAACUUGUGCAUUAUUUAUGUUCACUAGGCAGAGGUGAUGAUCUGUCUCUUUUGGAAAUGACAAGAUGUGAUAUUAUGUUAUCGAGUUAUUAGUUCCUAAAAUAACUACCACUACUUGCCCGAUUGUAGUUCAUAGCACUAGUUCGCCUCUACGAAGCAAAGGCUUUCGAAUUCGAUUCCGUAUCGGUCAAUUUUUCGUCUAUUUUUAAUACUUUAUUAGA